AUGUGUUGGUCCCGCCUCCCGCCCGCCCCGCCCACCAGGGGGAGGGAAGAGGAGCAGGCGGGGCAGGAGGCGGAGUUGCCGCCCGGGAGCCGGCGCCGGUGGCUGGAAGCGGGCAGGGGAGCAGCAGCAGCAGCAGGGAGCCGCCUCCUCCUCCGCUUGCCCUGCCGCGCCACCCGGGCCCUCCGCCGCCGUUGCCGCCUUCCUCCGCCGCCCGGACCGGUGCGCCUCCCGCCCGCCCCCCCCCCCGAGGGUGACCGCCGCCGCCGCCACUGGGGCCCGGCGGGGGUCCGAUCCGCAGCUGCCCGCGCCCUGCAGGAGGGGAUGAGCGGCCCGGAGGAGGAUGCAGGAGCCAGCCCCGUGCCCAGCCCGGGCGACCCGGCGGACGACGAGCCACCACAGAAACGACAAAGAACUGUAGAAGACUUCAACCAGUUCUGCACCUUUGUGCUAGCCUAUGCAGGCUAUAUCCCAUACCCAAGGGAGAAUGAGCCGUGGCCUCUUACGGGCAACAUGAGCCCUCAGAACAGCACGGGAAGCACCCGAGAUAGCGACAGUUGCGCCUCGUCGCAGUACUGCGACUCCCAGAUGCUGUCCGAUGACGGAGGGAUCAGGAACGCCAAAUGCAAAGGGACCGGGGACCUGUUCCUGAACUGCUCUGAUGUUUCCGGCAGCUUCUGCCCUACCCGGCCCCAUCAAGCUAAGAAAAAGAAGCAGUCGGCGAAGAAGCUCAUCUUGGACCGAGAGGCUGACAAGAGGGUGAUGCCCGUGAGCACGAAGGACGUCAAGCUGGAAAGGAUGGAGCCAGGAGGAGAGACUGAAGGGAAAGGAGAGGAGCUGGACUCCUGCCUCCCAAGGGAAGGACUGCAGUCAAAAUCCCUUCUAGAGCAGUACAUAAACGAGGAAAACGGUUGGAUCUAUGGGGUGCAGUCAGCCGAAAAACCAGCGACUGGACCUCUUGGGCCUGAGGAACAGCGCACGUGCAAAGAGGAAAGAGUCAGCCCUGCCUGCUGGAACAUAAGAGAGCAGAGCAGUGAGGAAGAGCUGAGCAGAGAUGGCCUCCAGCUCAGUACAUCAUCUGAGGAGUUUGCUGCUUCCUCAGACAGCAAAACAGAUGAGGACGACGCGUGGGAUCUGAUCACUUGCUUCUGCUUAAAGCCUUUCGCUGGGAGACCCAUGAUUGAGUGCAACGAGUGCACCACCUGGAUUCACCUCUCCUGUGCCAAGAUCCGCAAAUCCAACGUGCCCGACAUUUUCAUCUGCCAGCGGUGUCGCGAUGCAAAGCAGGAGAUCCGCCGCUCCAACCGAGCCCGCACUGUGCCACGCAAGCGCUUUUGUGACUGACUCUGGUCCAAGGGGUCGUCAGGUUC